CUGCCACUGAGGUAUGCCCAUGUGCGUCAUGUGGAACAAACGAGUGAAGUGACGUCGCUGAGCGUCUUCAGGAAAAGCCAGUUUGGAAACAUUCUUCUACUUCUUGUUCUUGAGAGUCACGGCAGGCUCGGGCUGCUCAGUGGACGUUUGGACCUCCACCAUGGACUACUCGCAGCCCUUCUCGCUCCUCAACGAGCGCCUCAGACCUCCGCUGAGCCCCACGGAGCAGCUCUACUCGUCCCUCAGCAGAGUCCAGUCCAAGGCGUCUAAACGCGGCUCGUUGCUGGCGCUGCGCCGCUCGACCUCCAUGUCCGAACCUGAGGACGACGGCGAGGAGGAGAGGAUCAGCAUCGAGCCGAGACUGAUGACCAUGUUAAGCCUGAGUGAGGUGCGAGAGGAUGCGACAGUCGGUUCCGCUCAGUCCGAGGAGGCCAAGGAGGGCGAACCAUGCGAGCAGACCUCUGAUGAACCGGCUCGCUCCGAGUCGCCGUCCGAGGUGGGCGGUUCCCCGUUCCAAAGGAGCUGCAUGACCCUGCCGGACCUCAUCAACAGCGGGAGGCCGCUCGGCAGACGCAGGACCCUCGGACACGUCAGUGACACGCUCAAGGAAGUGCGUCGCGAGGUGGAACUGUCGCGCAGGCGCAGUAUCAAGCUGAAGGCUCAGGUGGACAAGCUGCAGGAGAGCCGCGAAGGACCCGGAUGGAGUCGAGACCGAGACAGGGUGACAGAGGAGGUUCUGUCCAUCCUGAGUCUUCUGCAGCUGAUGACAGACCCUAACGCCAGCCCAGCUCAGCCCCCCCAUGGAGGAAACCGCCUGGACGCUGCACUUGCUCAACUACAGGAUGUCGCCAGAAAACUAGCCAUGACAGGAACACAGAAGGAUGUCAGGUCGAAAGGAGGAAGUGGUUCAGAGGACAGCGCCCUGCUGCAACAGGCGCUGCGGGAUCGAGACGAGGCCAUAGAGAAGAAGAAGGCGAUGGAGGCAGAGCUUCUGCGGAGUAAGACGGAGAUGAUGCUGCUGAACAACCAGCUGCUGGAGGCUGCUCAGAAGCGUCUGGAGCUGUCGCUGGAGCUCGAAGCGUGGAAGGAGGAUGUCCAGCUGAUGCUCCAACAGCAGCUGCUUCUGCAGCACCAAGUGGAGCAGAACCAGAAGAAGACCUCACGUGUGGGCAUCUUGAGGAGGAACAAACCGCCCAUCCAGCGGCCCACCAACUUUCCUGUGGUGGCCACACAUGCCUCCCCCCCAUCACCUGCCUCGCCCACUCAAAGUCCAACCCAAAACUUCUUCAGAUCACCUGUGACGAAGGCACCGGCGCCCAUGACUCCUUUGUCACCCUCUGCUGCUCCUCCCUCCUGGAGGGACAAGUGGAAGAGGAGCAAUGGCGGACGGCGAGGAGAGCAGGACGCUGCGGGUCACAUGGCAGAGCAUAGAGAUAACGAUGGAUUCCAUGUGGUCUCGCUGGACUGAGAGAGGUGCUCUUGAUGGUUCUUGAUGCUUCAAGAGUCGUCGGUCAUCCGCAUGAGAGCGCUGCAUGAGCUGAGGAAUCGAACAGCGACAUGAAGCUUGCACAAUGUCAGAACAAAAGUCAACGCAUUGACUUUAUUAGAGGGAUGAGCAGCACAUGAACAAUAUUCUAACCAUGGAACAAAUGAUUGUUUACAUUAAAUUUGUAUUUCUCCUUUUGCUUUGGACCUUUAACCUGCAUGCUUUCAUUUUAAUUUGAAUGACUUACUGUAAAUAAACAAGCCUGGACUUUCAAUGACCCUUCAUCCUGCUAGACAACAAUCUUUGACACACUGACUAUAAAUGAACUUUCACAAUAUAGAAUGCAUAUUACGUUUGAAUAAUGAGGAAACAAGCAUGCAUAUCCUGCAGGGUACGCCCCCUUGUGGUUGAUGUCAAAACGGGCAAGCCAGCUGCCAAUCGUGAAUAAAAGCAACAAUGUUCAAAAAGA